AUGGGUCACCUGGGCAGCGAGGCAAAGAGUCUCUGCCUUGCCGGGGGAGAUACCGUGCAGCAGCAUCCUUUGCUCAUUGCUCUGACACUUCUGAACCUUUCAGCAGUUCUGGGUGACAUUGACCACGACGAGCAUGGCUUGCGCUGGGGCUUGGAGGCGGCCUUGGGUCUGAUGUACAAUGUCUUCUCAAACGUCGAACUUCCCGAGAUGGUCCAGGCCUACUAUCUGGCCCUGGCCUGCCACAACGCUGCGCUGCUGGAUGUGAAGCUGGGGCGCUGGGCAGAAGCGCAGGAGCUGGCAGACGAAGGCAUCGAGUUCACAAAGGUGCUUGGCGAGAACGAUGACCACUUGAGAAGCAAGCUCAUCAGCAUAGGUGCCCAAGCCAAGCACGUGCCAGAGGGUUUCUUGUCAGAGGCGGUGAAUGCUCUAAACGGCUGGGGAGAGGAGCGGGGCGUCUGGAACCUGAGCUUCUGGGACUUCAGCAUGCCAGAGAUCCAGGAAGUCAUCAGGGUUCUGGAGAGCACUGUGACCCUGAACAAGCUCGUCAUGGAUCAGAAAGAUGAUGACAGGCGCUACGAGCUUUCGGUUGAAAACCGCAACCUGGUGCAGCUGAUGAUGGCGGUUGUGAGCUGCCACUGCUUGGAAACCGUCACCAUCUCAGGAACUGAUUAUCGACCGAGAAAGGUGUGGAGGCGUGUGAAGCGGCGUGGCUUCUUGGAGACUUCCUGGUAUGCCUCUGCCCUUAACUUUUCCGAUGUCUGGGGCGGCGGCUCUCAAAUGCCGGAGACUGGCCCCUAUCAAGGGCUCAUCGCAGACAUCAACCACUUCUCCAAGAGGUUGGUCAUAGCUCUGCUCAUCGUUGCGAACGAGACAGAUGGAAUCGACCUCUCAGACAAUGGCAUCAACGCUGUGAGCAUCAGCAUGCUGGCCGAUGCACUGAACCAUCCGGAGAGGCUGUCACGCACCCGCGCUUGCCGGUCUCUCGUGUUGCGGAACAAUGACCUGGACCCAGCAGCCGCUUCCGUUCUCGCGAGAAUUUGGGACUCGGUGCAGCAGCACGACGAGGGCAAGGAGACCCCAGACACCGAUGGCGAUGGCUUCGAGGAUGAGGACGAGGAAUAUGAUCCCGACGCUGAGAGGGAGAACGAGACUCUGGGCGUCACCUCUCUGGAUGUGUCGCAGAACACGAACAUCGGCGAUGAAGGCUUUAACGACCUUCUGCAGGGGAUGUCUCGCUAUCGCCGCUUCCAGGUCCUGAGGGCAGAGAACAUCAGCCUCACCGCCGCGGGCUGCUCCAGAAUCGAAAUCUUGGAGCAGACGAGGCUCGACACGCUCUGUCUCUCCAACAAUGCACUGGGCUGCCAGGGAGUGGCCACCGUGUGCCAGGCUCUUGCCAGGUGCUCUCGGCUACGCCUCCUGGAGCUCGACGGCUGCGGCAUCAAGCUGGAGGGCGCCAAGGCACUGCGAGAGCUGCUUAGGGAGCACAUCCGAAUCCAAGAAAUCUCUGUGGCCAACAACCAGCUUGGAGACGAUGGCGGCGUGGAAGUCUGCAUGGGCGUGGCGGAAUCCAAUUCACUGAAGUGCGUCAACCUGGCGCACAACGGUAUCUUCAGCGACUCCGCGGCUGAGACCAUUGCAGACAUGAUGAGGACAUGCCAGACCCUCGUGAAGCUCGUGCUGUCCGGCAACCACUUGGACCACGUGGGCCCAUCUCACAUAGGCAGUGCCAUCGAACACAGCCGCGUGCUGACACUGCAACUCGAGGACAUGGGUUUCACCGCUGACUCCAUGGACGACUUCCUCGACCAGGGUGCCGCCGAGACUCAGGACUUGCAGGAGUUGGUGAUCAAUGGCAACCCGAUUGGAGAUGAGGGAUUGGCCAUCAUAGCCGAAAGCCUGAGCAUCGGCUUGAUCAACCUGCGGAUGUCCAAGUGUGGGCUCACCAAAGCCUCGCAGGCAAUGCUCUUGAGCCUCGUGUCCUUGUCCCCGAACCUACAGCGUCUGGACGUGUCGUACAACGACCUGGGGCCAGAGGGAUGCUCUGACAUGGUAAAGUGGAUGGAUCAGAACGACAAGGAGUCGUUCUCACUGAACUACUUGGAGAUUUCGGGCUGCUCUUUGGGGGAUGAAGGCUUCAAGCAGCUUGUACCUGUGCUGGGCUCACUGCACUACCUAGGCCUUCGCGACAACGGCAUCACGUCCGCAGGCCUGAAGUCGGUAAUGAGUGCAAACCAGAUGGUCAAGCUACAGACACUUGAUCUCGAGGGCAACCGGAUCGGAGAGCCUGGCCUUCAUGCUCUUACUGAGCGUUUUCAGAAGGAGCACAAGCGUUCCCUCUGGAACCCCAAGCAGCUCACUUCCAUGAUCGACCUGGAGCCGGCCUUAGCUCGCUGCUCUGCGACACACUCUAAGAGUGCGCUACCGGAUACCGUGAAGCAGAUCGUGCAUUUCACUGGAGCGAAGGGGAUUCUGCGGAACGCUCCCGGAGACUUCGACCAUGCCGACUAA